CGGCCCCCGCCCCUUGGCCUGCCGCUCCGCCCCCGCGGGGCGUCCCGGGCCGCUAGUCCCUUCUACGGCGGCCGCGCGCGGCCCGGGGUCGCCCAGCAGAAACCAAGCAGAAACAGCCCUUGGAGAGAUGCCAAGUUUUUCUUGACAGAAGUCAACAGUGACAAAGACUUUGAAAAACUUGAUACUUCUUGCCUGCGCAGCUGUCAUUCUCUCAUUCACAGCAAGACAACCCAGGCUGGAUAUUAGUGCUUCCCUCUUUAUUCCCACGAUUUUCCAGAUCUACGCUUGACUGUUUAUUUUCAAGUCUCACAAACUCCGCCCUUGUUCUCGGCUGCUCUUGAGAACAGUGACUUGUUACCACCACCACAACACAGCCCACUAUCCUCGGCAGAUCUUCAGUUGCUCCUGACAUCACCUCGCCGUGUCUCCCUUUGUGGCCUCCUAAAUGCCCAUCUCAUCGGCCUGGGUUCAGCCAGUGGACAUCAAAGGCCAGUUCUGGAAUGAUGAUGAUUCAGAAGGAGACAAUGAAUCAGAGGAGUUUCUAUAUGGAGUUCAGGGGAGCUGUGCAGCUGAUCUGUACCGACACCCACAGCUUGACGCAGACAUCGAAGCCGUGAAGGAGGUCUACAGUGAGAACUCUGUGUCCAUCAGAGAAUAUGGAACUAUCGACGACGUGGACAUUGACCUCCACAUCAACAUCAGCUUCCUCGAUGAGGAAGUAUCUACAGCCUGGAAGGUCCUCCGGACAGAACCUAUUGUGUUAAGGCUGAGAUUUUCUCUCUCCCAGUACCUUGAUGGACCAGAACCAUCAAUUGAGGUUUUCCAGCCAUCGAAUAAGGAAGGGUUUGGACUGGGUCUUCAAUUGAAAAAGAUCCUGGGUAUGUUCACAUCCCAACAAUGGAAACACCUAAGCAACGAUUUCUUGAAGACCCAGCAGGAAAAGCGGCACAGUUGGUUCAAGGCAAGUGGUACCAUCAAGAAGUUUCGAGCUGGCCUCAGCAUCUUCUCACCCAUCCCCAAGUCUCCCAGUUUCCCUAUCAUUCAGGACUCUAUGCUAAAGGGCAAACUGGGUGUGCCGGAGCUUCGAGUUGGGCGCCUCAUGAACCGUUCCAUCUCGUGCACCAUGAAGAACCCCAAAGUAGAGGUGUUCGGCUACCCUCCCAGCCCCCAGGUCAGUGGUCACUGCAAGAACAUCCCCACCUUGGAGUAUGGAUUCCUUGUCCAGCAAAUACUUCCUAUCGGUGUGCUUGUGUUUCAAAAGAUACAGAAUCUCUGCUUGCUUUGGAAGCACACUUGGUCCCAGGCAUGGCUGGAUCACUUCUCUGAGCACCAGUGGUACAAGCCACCCAAUGGGACAGUCAUGCAUGUACCACUGGUGGCUCAAGCUGGAAGGAAAAUGAAGAAGAAUUAUGAGCGGCUUCAGAAAGCUCUGGAUAGUGUGAUGUCCAUCCGGGAGAUGACCCAGGGUUCAUACUUAGAAAUCAAGAAGCAGAUGGAUAAACUGGACCCCCUGGCCCAUCCUCUCCUGCAGUGGAUCAUCUCCAGCAACAGGUCACACAUUGUCAAACUACCUCUCAGCAGGCAGCUGAAGUUCAUGCACACCUCACACCAGUUCCUCCUGCUGAGCAGCCCCCCAGCCAAGGAGGCUCGGUUCCGGACCGCCAAGAAGCUCUACGGCAGCACCUUCGCCUUCCAUGGGUCCCACAUUGAGAACUGGCAUUCGAUCCUGCGCAACGGGCUGGUCAAUGCAUCCUACACCAAACUGCAGCUGCAUGGAGCAGCCUAUGGCAAAGGCAUCUACCUGAGCCCCAUCUCCAGUAUUUCCUUUGGAUACUCAGGAAUGGGAAAAGGACAGCACAGGAUGCCCUCCAAGGAUGAGCUGGUCCAGAGAUACAACAGGAUGAACACCAUCCCCCAGACCCGAUCCAUUCAGUCCAGAUUCCUGCAGAGUCGGAAUCUCAACUGUAUAGCACUCUGCGAAGUGAUCACAUCCAAGGACCUCCAGAAGCAUGGGAACAUCUGGGUGUGCCCUGUGUCCGACCACGUCUGCACACGGUUCUUCUUUGUAUAUGAGGAUGGUCAGGUGGGCGAUGCCAACAUUAAUACUCAGGACCCCAAGAUACAGAAGGAAAUCAUGCGUGUGAUCGGAACUCAGGUUUACACAAACUGAGGGGGCCCCAGCCCUCGAACCAAGCUGUUCCCCCAGAUCCAUCUGCCCUCGUCAAAGGGCUCAGGAGCAACAGGUGAGACUGCCCUGGAGGAAUCAGGCCGUUUACCAAGAAGCCGGACAAAGCUUAAACAGGUGGCCUUCAUGGUAGAGACUGACCCAGGAACCUCUCCACGUGGACGGCCUAGACUGACUCCAACCCUGAUCUGCCCAGUUGACUUCACCCUGUUUGUAAAUAAAACAAUAAACUGGAAGGUGC